AUGCUUAAUUUAACAAAAAAAAUUUAUAAAAUAAAAAAAUUAUUUCAUGUAAAAUAUAUAAAGACUUAUGAAAAGUUUUACAAUGAACAUUUUAUUUUUAAUUUUGAAAAUAUUGAAAAUUUAAAAAAAUUAAAAGAAACUAAAGAAGAUGCUAUAUUAUUAUCAAAUACACAAAAAAAAAAAAAAGAUAUUCUUGAAGACAAUAUAGAUAAAAAAAAAUUAAAAAAAACAAGAAAAGUUUUAGCUUUACUUAGGAAUAGAUUAAAAAAUUUUGAUAAAAUACCUUUGAACAGACCUUUUUAUAUAUUAUACAAAAAUAUCGAUUGUUUAUCUGAAGUUGAGAUAAUUAAUAUUUUAUAUUCAGCUAUAAAAAAUAGAAAGUAUUAUACAUUAAAGGAACAAGAAAAUAAUAAUAUUACAAAUAAGAAUAAUUAUAUAAAUAAUAAUAAGUAUUUAAAUGACAUUUCAUAUGUAGACAUUUAUCCAGUGGAAACAAAAGAAUAUGAUAUAUAUUCUUUAGAAAAAGAAAAUGAAAGUUCUCAUAAUGGAAAUUGUAUAAAUACUGAACAAAAUGGCAAUUACAUUGUAAACAAAAAUAAUUGUUUAGAUAAUAUAAAUGAAGAAAAUGUUAGCUACAUAGAUAAUAAGGAAGAAAAUGCUAGAAAUUUAUCCAAUAAAAAUGUUAGAAAAAAUGAAAAUGACUAUGUAUAUAAAUUACUGUUUCGUAUAAACAAGAAAUUAAUAAGAAAUAAAACUGUUAGUAACUUAGAUAUUUUACAUAUAUAUAAAUUAUCAUAUUCUUUAAAUUUUUAUAAAAUCAAUACACAUAAUUUUAUAUCCCUUUAUUUAAGUUAUUUUUUAAAAAAGGAAAUAAAAAUAAUACUUGAGAAUAAAGAAGAAUGUAAAAUAAAAAAUGAUUCAGAAUUAGAUUUUCUUCUAAACUUGUUAAUUAUUGAAAACAAAAAUUUAAAAACAUAUUUUUUUAAUUUAUUAUAUGACUACUUAUUUGCAAUUAUAAAAAAUGAUCUUUUUAAUUUAUCAUAUAAGAAUGUUUGUUUAUUAUUAAAUAUAAAUAACUUUGAAAAAAAUACAUAUGAUAAUUUUUUUUUUUUAGUUCUUAACAAAAAUAAAGAAAUUAAAAAGAAAAUAACGUUGACAGAUAUAAAUUAUUUCUUUUUUUAUCAAAUCAAAAAUAAUAUAAAUCUACCAUUCUUUGAUGAUUUAAUCGAGGAAUGUGUUAAAUCAAAUGUUAAUUCAAAAUUAAUACAAAAUAUACAUUUAUUAUCAUUGUUAUUAUUACAUUAUAAUUAUUCAAAAUGUUAUUUUAGUAUAUAUGAUAAGUAUGUAGAAAUAGUAUUUAACAUGUACUCAUAUUUGAUAAAAAAUAUAAAAAUGUUUCUAGAAAAUAAAAGAAUAGAAGAGGAAAUUUUGAAUAUUAAAUUUUUAAUUUCUUUUUCUUUAGCUUUAUCUUUAAUUCGUAAUAAUCUUUAUCUUAAUGAAGAAUUUUAUAUAUUCAUUUUGUAUCUGGUAAAUAAUAAAGAAUUAAAUAAUGAUGAUUUAAUAAUUUUAUUAAAUUUUAUUAUUUUUUGUAAUUUUAAAAAUGAUCUCUAUUAUAAGAGAAACCUAUUAUAUUGUGAUAAGAAAAAAAUUACGUAUAUAUAUGAUGGCGAUAAGAAAUAUAUCUUAUUUGAUUACAAUGAUUUAUCUUUUUAUCUUUAUGAAAAUUUAAAAAAAAAUUAUUUAUAUGAAGAAACAAAAUACAACAAAAAUGAAAUAUUAAAAAACAAUGAAGAUAAGAAUAAAAGUAGUCUAUUAAAAAAGUGUUCAAGUGAAAAUAAAAAAAGUAUAUUAAUUAAUUAUUUAUCAAACAAAAAUGUAAACGAUAUAUUUAGAAAUAAUUUAGAUAAAAAUAAAGACCAAGUACAAGAGAAUGAUUUAGUUAAAAUUAAUAGAUUGGAGGAUAAAUUUGAAAUAAAAUUACAAUCAUUCUUUGAAAAAAAAGGGGAGAUAAAAAAAAAUAAAAGUUAUUACUUGUCCAUUCUAGAUUUGUUAAUAUCAUUAAGAGAUAAUUAUCUUGAUAAUAAAUUUUACUUACAUUUAUUAAAUUUAUUUCAUAAAAAUAUAAUUAACUAUAAUAUAAACAUAUUUGAUUUGGAUAAAAUAUUAUUUACAUAUAGCCACUUAAAUUUGAGUAAGGAUAUAAUUUCGUUGAAUAUUCUAAAUAUAAUAGAAAAAUUAAAAACAAAUUUUACAAGAAAUAAUUACUGUAUUGAUGAAGAAAAAUGUUUUUUCGAUUCAUUAUGUAGUAUUUUAUUAAGUAUUUCUGAAUUAAAUUUAUCUAAUAUAAUAGAUGUAACAUUUUUUGAAAAGAAAGUAUUGGAAAACAUAAAUAAAGUAAAUAUAAAUUCGGUUCUUAUAUUACUUCAAUACUUUAUUUUAAAAGGAAAUUCUUUUUUAAAUAUAAAGGUGAUUACAUUGUUAUUAUUAGAAUAUAUUAAGAAAAAGUAUUAUAUGGUAGAUAAUGAUAUGAAUGAUCUUAACAAAGAUAUAUUAUUAGAGAAAUUAAGAUAUGAUAAAAACUAUGAUUUUAUUAAACAAUAUUUAAAAGAAAAUAAAAAUUAUGAUAAAAGAGAAGAAAUGGAGGAAGCUAAGGAGAAAAAGAAAGAUUAUAUUUUUACGUAUGAUAAAAAAAAAAAAGGAUAUGAUAAUAUAAAUUUUAAUUAUUAUUUUAAAAAAAUAAAUGAAGAUGAUGUGUAUGAAUUUUUAUUUCUAAGGUUUGUCUUUUUAAAUAUAAUUUUAAACUCCAAUAUACUUCUUGAUAAUUUUAUUUUUUAUGACAUGAACAAUUUUAAAGAAAUACUAAAUAAUUUCAAUAAAAUUAUCUAUAUUAUGAAAGAAAACUUUAGUGAUAUAUUAAAUAUAAAUUUAAAAGAAGAUGAUGAAAAAUAUAUUAUAUCAUUAAAUGAAGAGAUAGAAAAUAAAAAUAUAAAAGAAGUAGAAAGAAAAAGGUUAUAUUUUAAUAUAUGCAAUAAUACAAAUGAACAAAUAAAUAAUAAAUAUGAUAUAUUGAAUAAAAAAGAUUUUUUUUUAAUAAUAAAUUAUUUUUUAUUUAUUUUUAAAUUUGAUUUGAAGUUUAUUAUAAAAGACAAGACUUUUUUAGAAUAUAUGAAAUUGCAACAUUUGUAUACUAAAAAAUUUAAAAUUAUAUAUUACAAUUAUAAAUAUUUAUUUAUAUAUCGUAAACUAAUACUUUCUAUCAUAUAUGAUAUGAAAAAAAAAAAUUGUAUAAAAAAUAAUUACAUUUUAGAUUUUAAUAAAAAUAUUAACAGUCAUAAUGAAAAAAAAGAUAUCAACGAAUUUAUAAAUAUUUUAAGAUAUUUCAAUUAUUUAUGCUUAAAAAAAGAAAUAAGUAAUAAUGUUUUUUAUAAUUAUUUAAAAAGUAAUAAUAUAGAUAUAUAUGAAAAUAAAGAAUAUAAUUAUGAUAUUAUAGAUAAUGAUAAUAUAAUUUAUAAUUUACAUAGUGAAAUUUUAAAUAUAUAUGUAAAUGUUCCCUUUUUUAAUUAUAUAAUACCAUUGGUUAUAAAAAUGAAAGAUAAAUGUUUAGCUAUUAAGAUUUUAUUUAGUAGUUCUGAAAAUGUUGAUACAUAUAAUGUACUAUUUAGUAUUAUGAAGAAUUUUUUAAAAAAUUAUAAUUACGAUGUAAUACUAAUUAAAAGUAAAAUAUAA